AUGAUGGGGCCAAAGGGCAUGGGCUUCCCUACCGACGGAGUAGACAACCAUGGCUGGAAGCUGUACAUUGCGUCCAUGGUGAUGAUUAUCUUUGCUGGUGUGGUUGUUAUCGCCAGAUGUGUAGGCCGAGUCUAUCUCUACAACUUUGGUGUUGAUGAUAUUGUGAUUAUCAUUUCACUGCUGUUUUCAGUUGUUCUUUCCGCUGCUGUUCAAGUUGCCAUUGGAAAUGGAUACGGCAUGCAUAAAGCUGACCUCACCGCCAUCGAGCUCGAGACGGCGCUCAGGUGGUUCUUCAUCGCACAAACGCCUUACAAAGUAACCAUUUGCCUCAAUAAAGUGGCCACCAUCUUGCUCUACUUGCGCAUAUUUGUGACCCAAAAGUUCCAGAUCGCCGCCUACACCGUCAUGGGAAUCAUUAUCGCUUGGAGCAUUGGAGCUGUGGCAUCAACGAUUUUCCAAUGUGUACCUGUUGCGGGUGCGUGGAAUAGGAAGCUGGAUGCAACAUGCAUCAACACGGAUAUCUUCUGGAUCGCAUAUGCUGUUAUCAAUAUUUUGACGGAUGUGAUGGUUUUGGCGCUUCCCAUUGUGCCCAUCGUGGCGCUUCAGUUGAGCACGCGCAACAAGUUGAUGAUUUGCGCCAUCUUCUUGAUGGGCGGAUUUGUUACUGUCACGUCCAUCCUCAGGGCAGCAUCUGUGAAGAACUCGCUCGCCAACAAAGCCGAUACCACGUGGAACUUUAUCGAUCGCGGAAUAUGGACAUUGAUUGAGGCGAACUCUGGCAUUAUCGGAGCCUGUCUUCCAGCUCUCCGGCAGCCGCUAGCUCGGACAUUCCCUCACAUCUUCGGCUCCAUAUCGAGGAACUCUCAUUAUGAAGACGAUAGAGUGCCGGCAAAAGGAACCUAUCCGCUAUCCAGCCUGCCUAGACAGGCAUCCAGCUCUGCUUUGUGGCGUGGAGGCGCACACGGCCGCCCAGCUGUAUCCACUGCCGGAUCCGAAACGAUAAUGGAGAGAACAAGUGAUGAGCGAUGCUUUAUCGACGAGGGUGUCGAAGACAACGAUAGUGGUUCCGAGAUGCUGGGUGCUCAUGGGAUCCCAAGAACAGACAAAGUUUCGAGAACACCAUUUCACGUACAUACAAAACGGCAUUUACCAUGCUAA